GAAUCUGCUUGAUCGUUCGAUAUUUCUCGAGUAAGACCCGUGAUGAAAUGACAUAUUUAUACUGGUUUAAUGAAGCCUAACGCAAAGUCGUUUUAUUUUAGAUUUUCCGCGUUCGUGCUCAACUAUCCGGGCGAUACGAUCGACCAGUUGGAGAAGGCAAGCCGACCAAGACACAUUCAGUGUCAUCUACCGAUUGCCCUACUGCCCAAACAAAUCUGGUCCGUUCGGCCAAAGCUUAUCUACUGUGCCCGUAAUCCCAAGGAUGCUACCGUAAGCUUUUUCCAUCAUUAUCGCCACAUUCACGGUUAUCAAGGAAACAUGCCAGAUUUUCUGGAUGCUGUGCUAAGUGAUCAGAUACUGUUCGGACCACAAAUACCGCAUACGCUCGACUUUUGGAACAUUCGCAAAGAGAUGAACAUACUUUUCAUUCACUUUGAAGAAAUGAAAAUGAACAUGAAUGCUGUGCUGCGAAGAGUUUGCAAAUACUUUAACAAAUCUUACACCGAUCAGCAGCUGGCGGAGUUGGAAAAUCAUCUAUCCUUUGACGUUAUGAAAAACAACAAAUCAGCAAACAAUUCUUGCGUGCUGGAGCUAGUAGAAUCACUAUCGGGGAAAAAGGUGGAGAAUUUUGAGUAAGUUCCUUAGGUGUUUGAUUAAAUGCAUCCUAU